GACCUGUAUGUGAACGCGGGCGGCGUGACCGUUUCCUUCUUCGAGUGGCUGAAGAACCUCAACCACGUGAGCUAUGGCCGCCUGACCUUCAAGUACGAGCGGGACUCCAACUACCACCUGCUGAUGUCUGUCCAGCAGAGCCUGGAGCGGACCCUUGGGAAGGGCAGCGGGGAGAUCCCCAUCAUCCCCUCCCCGGAGUUCCGGGCCAGGGUGGCAGGGGCCUCAGAGAAGGAUAUCGUGCACUCAGGGCUGGCCUACACUAUGGACCGCUCGGCCCAGCAAAUCAUGAACAUCGCCACGAGGUACAACCUGGGCUUGGACCAGAGAACCGCUGCCUACCUGUGCGCCAUCGAGAAGGUGUUCAGGGUGUACAAUGAAGCUGGGUUCGCAUACUGACGUGAGCUGUCCUCUGGCCUCCCUCCCUCCCCGGGCUAAGGGCACGGCCACCUGCCACGCCUGAAAC